AUGCUGAUGAACCACACAAACCAAACAGACGAUGACGUCUUUUCCUGCUACAGUCCUUCAGUCGUCGGCUACCGGUACUUUGCUGUGCUGUGGGGAUGUGCUGUCACCAUCACUGGUACGACUGGGAACCUGAUGACCAUUCUAGCCUUCGCCUUAGACCCACGUCUGAGGACUCGCUUCAAUGUGCUCAUCGUCAACCUGGCUGUGGCUGAUCUCCUGUACUGCACCAUACUGCAGCCCAUAUCAGUUGACAACUAUCUACACCUGAGAUGGCGCAGUGGUCAGCUCUGGUGCAGCAUCUUCGGCCUGCUCCUCUUCCUCUCAAACUCUGUCUCCAUUAUCACCCUGUGUCUGGUAGCAGUGAGCCGAUAUCUCCUGGUGGCAAAAAGGGCUGUGUUUGACCGUGUCUUCUCCAAGCGUGGUCUAAUUUUACUCCUGAUCUCAGCGUGGGCACUGGGCCUGGCCAGCUUUGGACCACUCUGGCCUGUUUACACGUUUGUGCCACAGGUGUGCACAUGCAGCUUCCACAGGACUAGGGGUCGUCCCUACACCACCAUUCUUCUUUUUUUCUACUUUUUUAUCGGCCUGGGCUGUGUUGGCGCAUUCUACCUUCUUAUAUACAGACGUGUCCAGAUUGCCUCAAAAGCUCUGCUCCGCUACAGGCUCAGCCGCCGAUCCUCCAGAAAGAAACCAGCUUCUUCAGCUCAAGGGACAGAUGACAGCGGUGUAGAGAGUGGCAUGGCAAAGACAUGUAGCUGUGAGGUGAGCAGCCAAGCAGAUCCAGUCCAAAGUACAGACGAGAGCACCUGUGAAAAAUCCUCCAAAUCUGCCCAGGGCUCUGCCAUGGCUUUAAAUUCAUCAGCAACCAAGUCUCCCUCUGUUACCACCUCAACGUCACCUUCAUCCCCACCUGCUCCAACUACUGCAGCACAGUCCUCCCACUCAGCAACUUCAGGAGAGGAUGACGAAUUUAAGCGUGUGACACGCAUGUGCUUCACUGUUUUCCUGUGUUUCGUGUUCUGCUUCGUCCCCUUCCUGCUGCUCAACAUCGCCGACAAACAUAACCGCGCCCCACAGGUACUGCACAUGUUCUGUGCAAACCUCACCUGGCUCAACAGCUGCAUCAAUCCCAUACUCUAUGCUGUCAUGAAUCGACAGUUUCGACAGGCCUACCAUGUGCUGCUCAGCAGGGCUGCUGCACCAUUCACCUGCCUCUGGACUUGGCGUUAGCUUGGAGAUCCUAAGCUCCUAAACUCCUAGGGCUUAAACCUGUCUGAUGUUUCUCCUAAUAUAAACUCAGUGUGACAUUAUUGUCACGGAAUACAACACAGACACAUUUAAGUGUACACUGAGCCAACGUAAAGUUUUAAGUUGCUUUUCUGUAUUAGAUUUAUGUUGCAUUACCAACAUUCCAGACUGCUUCAUUUCCUUCACAACCUUAACCCUGAUGUUUGCUUUCACAGUGUGUAUGAUGCAUGUACAAGACUGCAUUAUGUAUUUAUAUUAUGUAUAUAAUAAAUCAUACUUUGUAUACAAA